AUGACAUUACUACAAAAAAUUGAAAGUGAUGAUCCAACAACCAAGUAUUUGUUUCAUUUGGCUAUCUGUGGAGAGGUGAUAUAUACGAUCGAAAAAUUAGACGUACAAUCCGAAUCUUGCACUACGAAUGAAAAGUUCACCAAUACCUUAAACAAAAAUAAUUUGAGUUCAAUAAAGUUAAUACUUGAAAAGAGGUUACAAAAGCUAUGCAAAUGUGAUCAUCUUUAUGAAAACGAUGGAACUAGAAAGGGCUCCAAAAUUGAUUUUAUUGAACAGCUUUUGGUUGGCAAACAAACAGGAAUGUAUGAGUACCCUGUUUCAACUACUACUGAAGAAUUGCUUAAAGAAAUCAACGGCGAAGGACCAUCCGUGGAUAAAUCUGAGUAUUCUAGACCACAAGAAUUAUAUGCAAAGUUACGGUUGAUGUUAUUGCAAGCAUUGGAACAAAGCCCUGAUUUAGUAAUCGACAAAUCCAAAGGUAUUGAUGACAACUUGUAUCCAUAUUUAGUGGCGUAUUUCAAUGAAUUGAAAUCAGAAAGUGAAUUUUCCAGUUUGUACGAAAGUGGUAUCAAAUAUUUUGGUUCUUCUCUAUCAUCACCGUCUGUUCUGUUAGAAAAAUUAUUGGAUUCUUUCAUCAAAGUCUUGAAUUCCCAUUUAGAAAUCCUAACUGCUGGUUUUGGUACUAAAAAACACAACCAAAGAGAAACCUUGGAUUCAUUGAGAGAACUAGGUAAUAAUUUGAUGGCCAAUCUGGCAUACGCACAGGCUAUCAAGGUUUAUACACAGGCAUUAGAGAUCAAGCCAGUUUUAAGUGACGUCGAUUUCCCCCAGCUUUAUACAAACCGUGCCAUCGCGUUUAUCGGUCUUAACUGUGUUCCUGAAGCAAUCAGUGACUUGAACGCAGCAUUAGUUUUGGAUCGUGUAUUCACCCCUGCUUGGACACAAUUGGGCUAUUGUCAUUUGUACAUGGGUAAUUCCUUGGUUGCGUUGGAAAGUUAUGUUACUGCAUUGAAGACUGCUGUGGGUGAAAUAUUACCGGAAGGUUUCCCUCAAGAGGAAUUGGUAAUUGAGCACUAUAAAGAAACCAAAAAACAAUCGUUGUUACCUCAGUUUGUGAAAAGAUUAAGUAGUGCCAUUGCCUUGACCGAGAAAAGGGCGUAUCAACAACAUAUGUCAGAUCAAACAAUUAGAAAACAGCUCAGCGAUGUGAGACGAAUUUUGGCACAUUUAAGAGCCUUGGGUCCGGAUUCGGAUAGAGAUGAUUUCACAUAUAUUCCUGUGUACAGAGAUUCUUCGUUGAGAGAUGUCUCUAUGAGAGCAAAUACUCAACGUCCAAAUAUUCUUACCCCUGAAGUUACUCAAAACUUACUCGCUAGAAAUGGUAUGGAAACUUCGGUUAUAACCCCAGUGGAGACAUUUAGAAGACGAGAAGAUACUCGUCAAAGUAAUGGUACUGGCACUCCUAGCGACGAUGAGCCAGAGGGCCCUUUUGAGUUUGACUUCAAUAGAGCAAUGCCAAAUGCUGUUAGUUUCGCUGAAUUAUUCAGGCCCGGUUCCAGAGCAACUCCUGGUACAAAUACAACUAGAAACGCGGAGACUGAUAGAAAUACUGAGUUCAAUAGGUCCAGUGUGACUUCUAAUGAAAGAACACUGCAAGAAAGUAGUGGUCAAGGUGGAAGUAGACCGACCACACAAAUAGUCGACGAAGGUCCUAACCGUAGAAUAGUUGUUGAAACAAACGCUACUGGAACUGGUGCAAGUGUCGGUGCAACCAUUGCAAAUGCAAUUUCACAGGCCUUUUCAGGUAAUGCUAAUGACGGUGGCAAUGGUGGACCAGUUCCAAUGAUUGGUCAAAUUAUAAUGGAUCAUUUGCAACAAUCUUUUCCAGAUAGUAGAUUAAGAAUGGUUAAUGAGAAUGGAACUGUCCAGCCACUGGGAAAUACACAGACGAGGAAUACUAGUAAUAAUAAUAACACCUCACAAACAAGAGGCAACAACAGUGCAAAUACCAGUAACCCAAGUACAGAUAAUGAUGUUGAAAUGGGGGAUGUACCUGAUUUAGAUUGA